UCCCCCUACCAAAAAGGAGCAAAAGCAGCGUGCGACGCUAUAAAUCAUCGGCAAGAGACGGUCAAACGCACGCUGUGACCUCUGCGCUGCGCCCAACACCGGCACGCACGACGCCAGCCGCGCCGAGCCGCCAAAAAGCCCCUGGCACUGAGGGGAGCCACCAGAGACGCCAGCCGCGCCAGCGCUGCAGCACCAGAGACGCCAGUCGCAGCCAGCGCUGAAACGAUAAAGACACAGACAAAGAUGCCCAAGCCCGAGAAGGGCACCCCAAAAUGGAUCGCGAACCAGUGGAAAAAAAAGGGCCUCUCGAAGCUGCGAUGGCACUGCGGCCUGUGUGGCGUCUGGUGCAAGGACGCGAACGGCUUCAAGAUGCACUUGGAGCAUCCCAAUCAUUUGGCGAGAGCGAUAGAACAGGAAAAGACGGAGGACGAGCGCAGCGACCACGUCGAGGCGAGGUACUGCCCGGACGAGUACUCGGAGGCGUUCGAGCGCUCUUUCUUGAGGUACCUCGCGACGCAUCGCUUGGGAGAACGAGUGAAGGCCCACGAGGCUUAUCGGGUGCUCAACCCGGACGACCGGCCUCACGCGAACAUGAAGCGGACGUGCUGGGGGACGCUCGGGAGGUUCGUCGCCGAUUUGAGGGAGAGAGGAGAAGUGUGGGCGGAUAGAGAAGGCAACGGCUGGGUCCUGAGCGUUACCGAGGACGACCCUGCUGCGGAAUGGGCCGCAUUACCUGAUUCUGAAGCGCGAGAGUUGCGAGGUAAAAUUCCGGGGCAAAAACGGGCCUGGAACCAAGUGGAAGAUGAGCUGAAGAGGAAACGACGGCGCGACGACGGUCUAUCGGACGUCAUGCGGCGCGCCGAGGCCGUCGGUCGCGUUGAUGCGCCGGAGGCUACUACACUACAAAGCGAUGUCAAGGUCGCGUUCUCCUUCGGCGGACCACCACCAGUCUCUUCUGAUGACGACACGUGGGCGCGGCCCGGGCUCAUCGUGAAAGCGCGCGCGGGCAAGACGCUGCAGGGCGGGGCCUUCGACAAGGUCAAGUGCGUCGUGCGAAGCGUUUCUAAUGAUGGAGUGGCCGUGGAGACGCUCGACGGGCGUUCUAGGGCGACGCUUCCUCUGACCAAGCUCGAGACCGUCAUCCCGGCCGUCGGCAAGCGCGUCCGCGUCGUCGGCGGCGCGCACAAAGGCGAAGUGGCGACGCUCGAGGCGCUCGAUCUAGGCGCCUUCGCCGCGCGCAUCCGGCUCGAGGCGUCGGGGGAGGUGGUGGAGGGCGUGCCCUACGAGGACGUGUGCAAGGAGCGGGCGUAAGUUUCUGUUUUGUUG